CCUCCUUCCUCCGCCCGCGCGCGCCCACUGCUGCAGUCCGGGGAGGCGGCGGUGGUGGCGGCCGCUGCGGGCAACGCUCGGGGCACGGGGCUCUGGGUGAUAGCCGUCGGGGCCAGGGCGGCCGGCAGUGGGCACAGGCUCCCCGGUGCCCGCCCCUCCGCCGGGAGGGGGGCGCGAGCGGGCGGCCGGGGAGGGGCCGGCACCGCCACGGCAAAAUGAGCCUGCUGUCUGCCAUCGACACGAGCGCCGCCUCGGUGUACCAGCCGGCCCAGCUGCUCAACUGGGUCUACCUGUCGCUUCAGGACACACACCAGGCUAGUGCCUUCGAUGCCUUCCGGCCCGAGCCGCCCGCCGGCGCCGCGCCCCCGGAGCUGGCCUUCGGCAAGGGCCGCCCGGAGCAGCUGGGCUCUCCCCUGCACUCCAGCUAUCUUAACAGCGUCUUCCAGCUGCAGCGCGGAGAGGCGCUGAAUAGCAGUGUAUACAGGAAUGCUUCACCCUAUGGCUCCCUCAACAACAUCGCAGAUGGCCUCAGCUCCCUCACCGAGCACUUCUCAGACCUGGCGCUCACCUCCGAAGCCCGCAAGCCCAGCAAGCGGCCCCCGCCCAACUACCUAUGCCACCUCUGUUUCCACAAAGGACACUACAUUAAGGAUUGCCCUCAGGCACGCCCCAAAGGUGAGGGUCUGACGCCUUACCAAGGCAAGAAGCGCUGCUUUGGCGAGUACAAGUGUCCCAAGUGCAAGAGAAAAUGGAUGAGCGGGAACUCCUGGGCCAACAUGGGGCAGGAGUGCAUCAAGUGCCACAUCAACGUGUACCCACACAAGCAGAGACCCCUGGAGAAGCCUGAUGGCCUGGAUGUGUCUGACCAGAGCAAGGAGCACCCACAGCAUCUCUGUGAAAAGUGCAAGGUCCUGGGCUACUACUGUCGUCGUGUGCAGUGACCUUGGCUGCCACUGCAGCACCCCUCGGCUGCUGCCUUCCUGUGCUGCCUGAAGGGAGACCUCACAGGCCUGUGGGCUUAAGCAGAUGAGGCUCAUGUCCUCAUCUCACAUGCUGACAGUGUGGCUGACAUGCUCCCAACAGGGUGCAGAGACAGGAGGCUCAGGGACUCUUCACCGUAGGCCCGGGCUCUAUAGAGGGACUGAGGCCAGCAGAGGCCUUGGUGUUCCCGCAGGCUCUCUUCCUGAGUGUCUUUGGAGCUGGCUGGCUUUGUUAUCCACCAAGUACAUUAGUGAACUGUGAACCCUGAGGCCUGCAGGAAGUUUUUCCUCCAAGGCCAGCCAGGUCCUAUCCCACCCAGAAACUUGCAGCUUGCCACUCUGAAAAGCCACUCUGGGGAAGUCCUGUUUCAUUCCUAAGCUGUAGCCACAGAGGGCAGACCCUUGUUGUAGCAGCUGCUGAGGAGUGGUCCUCUGUUGUGCCCACAUUGAGUCUCACAUCUGACCACCCCUGACAUCACUGCAUUGUACCUGGUAGCUAAAUACAGCCUCCCUCUGCCAAUGGGACUGGCAAGCAGGAGGACAUUGAACAGUGCUCCAAGACAUCCUAGGGGACAUCAGGCAUCGCCUCCCAUGGUCUCCCCCAGACUGUCCUGUAAGCUUGGGUUUCAUCAGCUGCUCUCUCUUCAUCCCUAGCCUCCUACCCAUGUCAGGGAUGCUACCCCACAGAAACUGUAAGCCUGCUCUGCCAUGGAGGAUGCAGGUCUUGGCAUUCUGGAGUUACUUUGUGCCACCUGGGGCAAGGACAUCUCAUCUCCAGCCUCAGUUUCCUCACUAGUUAAGUGAGAAAGUGUCACCAGCAAGCCAAGAGGCCCCAGUGAGCUUGGUGUUCUAGAAGAAAGCUGGCUGCCUCUGGAACACAGGGCAUCACUGGGGUGAUGGGAUACCCCUAGAGUACCCCCUAGAGCACUGCCUUCCAAACCUCUGCUCAUGGUAGUCACUUAGGAAACCAGGCUGAGUGAUGCCAGGUCCUCUCCUACAGCCCUCCUUGCCUGAUGUUCUCAUCCCCUGAGAAAAUGGAAGAUGAUCCCACCCCAGGUCUCCUCAGCCCCUCACAGUAGGCAAGCCUAAAUGAGCCAUAGAACCUCUCCUUUGGAAACUGGGGAUAAUGGUUUCCUACUUUUCUAGUAAGGCAGAAAGAUCUCCUGGCAUGUCACAUGGCCCAGAAGGACUGCUGUUGUGGUCAGGAUCAGCAGUGCACCCCCUCCCCUGUGACAAGCCACAUUUCUCUUGCCUUUCUCCUCUUCACCAGCUGCCAGGACUGAGUAGCUUGACUUUGCCCCAACACUAUGCCUCUAUGGAGAAGAAGAAGAAGAAAAAGAAAGUCAGACCAUGAAAUAGGCCUGAAAUUCAGUGUUUACACAUGGUGCCCAGUUGCCCUUUGUUUCAAAUGAGAAUGCUUUGUACGACUGAGGAGUCACAGUGAAGUGUUAACCAUGGGUCCAGGGAGUGAGUCGAAGAGAUGGACGUGUCUGCAGCCAGUUAGCUGCAGGAUAGAUUUUGGGAGAACAUACCCUCUGAAUACUUAACAAAGGUAUACCUGUGGCAGUCCAAAGCACUAGCUGCCACCUUGCUGCCCAUGAAUGGUGGCAUGCUGGGCUGCAGACUGUGAGCACCCAGCACCAAAGACUCCCCAGCCUUGCUGCGGCACUAGGGCCGCCCCAUGCCAAGCUUCCUGUCACUUAGGAAAGGGCUGUUUCUGUCAGUCAUCCCACUGGGCCUCUAAAGAGAACAUUCACAGCAGUGGGCAGUGUGCUCGUGUCCCAAAUGAGGACAUGUUGGGCAUGGGUGAACCGAGUCAAAGGUUCAGAAAGCACAUUAACAGUCUUCAGGAAGCCAGGGCCAGCAGAAGGUGGGACAUCUCCCUGCAGUGAGCAUUUGGGUCCCUGUCUGUGCAUAGCCAGGCUCUCUUGCCUCAGGGAGCCUCUCCCUGGUCCGGCCUUGCAAUGCUUUCGCUGAACUUGUGAUCUUUUUGAGGCAAGCAAAAGAUACCACUAUCUAAGCUCGGUGCUGGAGAGUUAAUGCUCAGAGGGCCUGGGAACCCAAGGGACAAGAAAGUGUGUGGUUUAGUACAUUCAAAAGGGACAAUCGCUUGCAGUCAGUAGAUCUAGCGAUCUAGUUGAGAGAGAAUGGUGUUUACCCCAUAUGAAGUAUUCAAUAGCUCUACUUGUGAAUUUGUAUUUAUUUUGAGUUAUACUUGACACAGAAUUCUUUUUUUAAAAAAAUGCUAUGUGUGUAUUUUGGGAAAAAUUCAUAGAUGUUAAAAUUUCUGCAUGGUUACCAGUUUUUCUUACAACAAUGAACUUGGUAGCCUCUCCCCACAAAAUUCUUCAUAGUGAUUUUUGUUUGUAUAUAUUUGAGGGUCUUUUUUUUUUAAGAAAAGAAA